AUGUCGCAGCGUGAUGCAGACACUUUCAUUUCAAACAACGAAAGGGAUUUCAUCCUCAAGGCGCUCUCAGAGGAAUGCCGACUUGACGGCCGGCGACCUUACGACCUGCGAAAGCCCAAGUUCCAGUUUUCCCUGGAUGACCGCAGCGCCACCGUGGCUCUUGGCAGCACCCGGGUCCUUAGUGUGGUAACGGCCUCCCUGGAGGUUCCCUUCCCCGACCGGCCCAGCGAGGGGCCCCUGCGCUUCAAUGUGGAGUUCUCACCCAUGGCCUCCCCCGCCUUCGAGCCAGGCAGACCAGGCAGGCAGGGGGAAGCUUGGGACCCGACCCAGGGGCUGGGGCUGGGGCUGGGAAGAAGGCGCAGGUUUUCUGAGUUGCUGAGGCGCCGGCCGAGCUGUCGGGGCUGCGAGGACGCCAUUCAGAUUGCUCGGCUGAUUGAGAGGGGAUUGCGCCAGAGCGGAGCGGUGGACCAGGAGGCCUUAUGUGUGGUAGCGGGGAGGAAGCCCGAGGUGGAGGUGGGCGGGGAGAGCGGUACGGACAUCCUGGUGCACCCCCCGGAGGUGCGGGAGCCGCUGCCACUCACCAUACACCACCUGCCAGUGGCCGUCACAUUCGGACUGUUCCAGGGUGGUGACCUGCUGGUGGUGGACCCCAGCUGGCGCGAGGAGGCGGCCGCCAGCGGGUCGUGUACGGUGGUGAUGAACCCGGGCAGGGAGGUGUGCUGCGUGCACAAGGCGGACGGCAUCGGCCUCACCCCCGACCAGUUCAUGCGCUGUGUACGGCUGGCGGGCGACAAGGCGGAGCAGCUGGUGGCCGACCUCAAGGCGGCUUUGGAGCAGCACGAAGUGGCCAGAGUGCAGGCUCGUGUUCGGCGGCACCAGCAGGUGGUCGGGCUGCCCGACCCGGCUGCCCGACAUGUCAUGGUGCUAGGAGCGAAGGAUCCCGCGGCAACGGGGGCGGCUGGUACAGGGGCUACAGCCAGUGGUGCGAGCACCGUAGCUGCAGCCGCUGCCACUGCUACAGUCGCUGCCUCCAGGAAGAGUGCAGCUGACACUGAUGACCUGGAUGAAGAUGAGGACCUCGGAGAUGACGAGGAGGAGGAGGAGGAGGAGGAGGGAGAGGAAGGGAAGAAGAUGGAGGUGGAGGACGCCAGGAAGCCAGGGGGGGAGGCAUCCGGCGGUGGUGACGAUGAUGAUGGCGGCAAUGGUGGUGGUAAUGGGGGCGCAGGGAGAGCGCCCCGGGAUACGGACAUGGGGGAGGUGGCGGCGCCACAGCAUCGACACCAGCGGACGCGGCUAGCCGGUCCAUUGGUUGCGGCUUCGAAGUCCGGGUAUCCGGAUGGCGCUAGCAAACGAGGAAGUGGAGCUGGGGCCGGAGCUCUUUCAGGCGCCAACAAGCGGGGGAAGGACGGUGUGGGGUUUGACGAGCUCGAGGCGAUUGCGGCUGUCAUUGCGGGGGUUACCCCGGGGGCUCCGGAACCAGAGCUCUCAGCAGCCAUCAAGCCGGGCAAGCUGCGCAAGUCAUCGGGCACCGUGGGAAAGAAGGGGUCAUGAAAAACAUGCGGGGGCUUGUAAUUGCUUCUGUGUGCGUGUGAUGUGAUUUGUUUAAGGGGGCUUCGUAUGUGAGUGCGCGUGUCUUUAAGGGUGUGUAGAUCGUACGACUUCUCAUUCAUGAUGGCGGGGUAGAGCUGCUGUGGCACACAACGGUCAUCCUGUAAGGCAUGUAGGGGUCCAUGUGUGUGUCAUACUGGUUGGUCGCCUUCGUGGAUUUUGUGGGUUUGUGCUUACCCACCCACCCUCCCUCAUGCGCAUCCACCUAUCCACCCGGGUAUCCAGAGUCCUCUAGGAAAGCUGGCAAUGGGUGCAUAUCUCCGGUCGACCUUGUGGGGCCUUGUGUUGCGACGUCUUAGACGUUUUGUCUAGGUGCCGUACUUC